AUGGCGGAAGGGGCUAUUGACGAUUUUGUAGCAAAGAACUUUAAGCUCUAUCAGAAACCUCCGUCUAAAGAAAAUAAUAUUACAGAUGCUUACGGAGAAAUUGAAUUCAAUUACGCCGGAUAUGAAGCAUCAAAGGCGAAGUAUCUUAAGACCUCCAUUAACGCUGAAAUAGCUAAAAUUGGUGAGCUAUUUCUUAAUUACUGGAACAUCCGUGAACCAGAUUUGGUCAUGUCGAUGGUUGGUGGUUUCGAAAAUUUACCAAGGAAACCUUCAAUACUUCGAUUAAAUCAAAAUCUUGCUGCAAUAAUGAAAAGAAUAUGCAGUUAUCAUUCAACAGCUAUCAUAACAAGUGGAUACUGUGAAGGUUUCAUUCGCAGUACUGCCAAAGCAGUAAAUAAACAAGGUACUAUCAUUGGUAUACCUUCCUGGAAUUCCGUUUUUAAGAAGGAGUUACUCACGAGUAAAAAGGGUAAAGGGCGCUUUCCGGCUAAGUAUGUCGUAAACAAACGGGAAUCGACUGUUGGAGUAUCCGCCCUACCGCUAGAUCCGUGCCACAGUCAUUUUUUGCUACCUGAUGAUGAUAGCAACGGUUCUGAAGGAGAGGAAAUUCCAUUUCGCAUCAAAAUUGAAGAAUUUCUCUCGAAGAAGCUUGUUCGCAGUCAUAAGAGAACUCGGGUAUUUAGCAAAGUCCCUAUUGUCUGCAUUGUGAUUGGUGGAGAUGAAAACACGUUCCGUUAUGUUGAUGAGGCUUUGCAAAAAAAUCAUCAAAUCGUAAUCGUUCCAGGAGGCGAAGGAGCUGCUGAUAUUAUAUGUAGUCAUCUUAGCAAUAAAAGCAUAACAAAAUUGAACGAUGCAGCAAAGAAAAGUAUACAAGAAGCUUUAUGCAAAACUUUUAAAUGGAGCGUUUCUAAAGAUAAUGAUAAAAUUGAUCGAUGCAUCAAAGGGAUAAAAGCGAUACUAUCUCAUAGAAGCAAAGUUACUAUAGUUAAGGAGACUGCAACCGCUGAAGUUCUGGAAAAUGCCAUCUUCAAAUGUUUAUAUGCUUUGGCUCAAAAUAAGGAGGAGAAAAGAAGUUUAGAAGUUGUUUGGAAUAAAGUCGACUUGGGCAAAUUAAUCAGUAAUAAUCUUGAAGCAGAAGGGUCCGAUGACGAAGAAGGUGAAAGUCAACUUGCCAUCUUUAAAUUUCCUGCGAAGAAUAUGUUAUCAUCUACUAAUGCGCUUGCAAAUAAAGACGGCAAUGAAAUCAAUCGCUCAUGGACCGAUGCAGAAAAAUAUCGAGUGCAGAAAGAUGCUGCUAAAGCGAUAACGGCAAAUAAUGACACUGGAAAACCUUCCAAGAAAUCUUCUAAGCCCAAAGAUAUUGCUAUAACAACUAAUAAGGCCAGCAAAAUUAAUCAACGCAGUGUAUCAUCCCAAGAUCUUAGUGGUCCUAUUCCUAGUAAAAGAUCACCUUUACCAAAGACGCCAGAGCAUGAAGUUAUUACUCAACCAUCAGUGUCUCCGCGAUCAAGAAAAUCAAGCGGUGAAAGAAGCCAACAUAUUUCACGUUAUAAUGCGCUAACUGUAUUAGAUGCAACGAUUAGAGAUGGGUUAAAAGAAAAUUUACGAGCUUUAAUCACUACUAAACAAGUGCAAGCAGAGCAGGCUUUGGAAGUCGCGUUAACACGCGAUCAUUUGACUGGAAAUCAUAUUGCAAUCGUUGAUUUUUUGAUCAAAAAUGAGUUUAUCGACAUGUCGACUUUUGUAACGGCAGAAACAUUAGAGAGAAUAUAUGAUAAAACUUGGAAUAUACCUUCCUCUGUGAUGUACUGGGCGCGGAAGAUCAAAAUAAUCAAGGAGGAAAAAAAGGAAAGAAAAAGUUUAUUAUUUGAAGCUGGCAAAAUUUUAUCUGUACUGAUAAGUGAUCACUGUACUAAUGUCUACUCACAAUUUGGUGAAGAUAUCGAAACGGCAAUCAUUGAUGUUGACGAUGGCAACUCUGGUGAUCCAUUUACUCAUCUUUUCUUAUGGUCUAUUAUGACCGGACGCUAUAAGCUAUCUUAUGUUCUAUGGAAAAGAGUCGAUCAUCCCAUUACCGCUGCUAUUGCAGCCAACCGCAUUUUAUGGAGAUUGUCAACUAAUUCUGUAUUCAAAGAAAAGUCUAGAGAGGAAUUUAUACAGCUUAAGGAUGAAUUUCAAACAAAUUCAGAUAAGUUUAUGCGCUUAGCUGUCAAGAUUAUGGAUGAACAAUAUAAACAUCAUCCAAUUAACACCGUUAUCAUGCUAUUACAAGAAUUACCGGAGUGGGGAUUCAAAUCUUCCUUUUCAAUGGCUUUCUCUUCCUCAUCUUUAGUGCCAUUCAAUACUCACAAUGCAUACGUUGAUUGCUUACGGUAUUUGUGGACAGGAGAUUUCGCAGUUUUUACGCCGCUGUGGAAGGUUAUUUUAGCUUUUAUUCUACCGAUACCAUGCCUAUUGUUUCCAUCCUUUAUUAAAUCGAAAGCAUUGCGAAUUGGAUGCUAUAGUAAAACCAAUGUUAGCUUUAAUAAUGAUGAUGAAGAUAGUGUCUCAACUACACGAUCCUCUAACUUAUGCAAGGAUUUUAUCUUACGAGUUUAUCACUUUUAUACUGCUCCUCGCAUCAAGUUUACUACCAACUUUCUCGCAUAUGUGGCCUUCUUAAUAUAUUUCGCCAUAUUUCUACUAUUUCUGUACGAAGAUAAGUCAAUGAAUAUUUAUGAAGUAAUUCUCACGGUAUGGUGUCUCGCAUUAGUAUUCGAAGAAAUACAUCAGAUUAUGGAAACCCCUCGCAAGACGUUUUAUAAGAAAGUUCGUCUUUGGAAUUCGGAAUACUGGAAUAGAAUUGACGCGGGCGCUUUAAUCACCUUUUUCAUAAUAGUCGUCCUGCGAAAUUUUUUUCCUAUAGUUUAUUUUGGUCGCAUAUUCUAUGCUAUUGAUUUCAUCAUAUUUUGUUCGAGAAGUCUGCAAAUUCUCUCUAUUUGGAGUAACCAUGGUCCAAAACUUGUUAUGAUUAGGAAAUUGCUGAACGACCUGAUGUCGUUUGUGGUGAUAUUAUCAAUCUUCUUGAUUUCAUUUGGUGUAGCCACUGAAGUUGUGUUACGAUCUGGUCCUGAAUAUAAAAAUUAUCAGUUUACAGCUAGAAAUAUUUUCGCUCUGCCGUAUUACAGGAUUUAUGGCGAACUUUACCUUGAUGAUGCAAAUCUUGAUUGCAAGAAUGAGACUCUCGGUACUAGCCUUUAUAAUAACUGUAUGGCGAGAAAUGUAAUUGUCAAUAUCCUGAUCGUUAUUUACCUCCUGAUUACAACAAUUUUACUACUCAAUCUACUGAUUGCUAUAUUCAAUUUAUCAUGUUGUAAUUGUAAAGUGUAUUGUUUCCAAGCAUUGCAUCGUGAAAUAUUGAAACAACACUUGAUGACUGUCAAUUACGAUCUAUGGUAUAAAAUUCAGAAUGAAGAAAGAGAAGCGUUAUGUCGUGUUACUAGUCAGACUUUCAAAAAUGAAGAUGGUAAAGCUGUUGAGAAAAAUUACGUUUUUCCUAACAAAAUUCAGAUCGGUACUAUUUCUGAUAUCGAUAUUUAUGCGGGUCUUGAAAGAGAUUCUUUCGCUUCCAUGAAUGAUAUUCUGCAUGAUUUGCUGGAAAGGCAAGCAAAUAUGGAAAGGUACUUAUACAAAACGCAAUCUAACAGCAAAUCUACAUCGAAAUCAAAGACUUCGAUGUUGCGUUAG